GCCUGUUUCAGUUUUGGAUGCUUGGAAAUUACAGUCCUGAAUUCUUGAAGUUUGAUCACCACAAUUCCAGACCUAAUAUUCAAAAUAGCAAAAAAAGUGAUCCUGAAAACUGCCAAAUUCUGAGACAGAGAUUACAUGACACUACAACAUGAGCGAGAAUAAAUGUGACACACAGUUUUACAGUGUUCAAGUUGCAGAUUCAACAUUCACUGUACUAAAACGCUACCAGCAAUUGAAACCUAUUGGCUCUGGGGCUCAAGGCAUUGUUUGUGCUGCAUUUGAUACUGUUCUUGGAAUAAAUGUUGCUGUAAAGAAGCUGAGUCGCCCUUUCCAGAAUCAAACCCAUGCAAAGCGAGCUUAUCGAGAACUAGUGCUGCUAAAGUGUGUAAAUCACAAAAAUAUAAUUAGUCUAUUAAAUGUAUUUACACCACAGAAGUCAUUAGAAGAAUUUCAAGAUGUGUAUUUGGUUAUGGAAUUGAUGGAUGCUAAUUUAUGCCAAGUUAUUCAUAUGGAGCUGGAUCAUGAAAGAAUGUCCUAUCUUUUAUACCAGAUGUUGUGUGGGAUCAAACAUCUUCAUUCAGCUGGUAUCAUCCACAGAGAUUUAAAACCGAGCAAUAUAGUAGUAAAAUCAGAUUGUACUCUCAAAAUCCUUGACUUUGGACUUGCAAGAACAGCAUGUACUAAUUUCAUGAUGACCCCAUAUGUAGUAACACGAUAUUAUAGAGCACCAGAAGUUAUUCUUGGCAUGGGAUACAAAGAGAAUGUUGAUAUCUGGUCAGUUGGUUGCAUCAUGGGAGAAUUGGUGAAAGGUUGUGUGAUAUUCCAAGGCACUGAUCAUAUUGAUCAAUGGAAUAAAGUUAUUGAACAAUUAGGUACACCAUCAGCAGAUUUCAUGAAAAAACUACAGCCCACUGUACGGAAUUAUGUAGAAAAUAGGCCAAAAUAUCCAGGUAUCAAAUUUGAAGAACUAUUCCCAGACUGGAUAUUUCCAUCAGAGUCUGAUCGUGACAAACUAAAAACAAGUCAAGCUAGAGAUUUACUAUCAAAAAUGCUAGUAGUAGAUCCAGACAAACGAAUUUCAGUAGAUGAAGCUUUGCGACAUCCAUAUAUCACAGUUUGGUAUGAUCCAGCUGAAGCGGAAGCACCACCACCCCAAAUCUAUGAUGCACAAUUGGAAGAAAGAGAACAUGCCAUUGAAGAAUGGAAAGAAUUAAUAUAUAAGGAAGUAAUGGAUUGGGAAGAAAGAAAUAAGAAUGGUUUGGUAAAAGAACAGCCUUCAGAUGCAGCAGUGAAUAGCAAUACCAGCCCUUCUCAGUCAUCAUCAGUCAACGACAUUUCAUCCAUGUCAACAGAACAAACAUUGGCCUCAGACACAGACAGCAGCCUUGAUGCUUUGACAGGAACACUUGAAGGAUGUCGGUGAUCAGCUUUGAAGAUUAAGAUUAGCAAAGAAUCUUUGCUUCUGUUGGGCCUCUAUUGCUUGUAAGUUCAUGGAGCCAAAUAGAAAACUUCAUGUUUCGCAUGUUCCUCUAAAAUAAUGCCUGUGAUUUUACUCAGUUGCAGUAAAACUGUCUGCUUAAUAUUGUAGAGUGAAAGCAACUUUGUAUCUCAAGGCAAAUGAAAUAUAAACAUUAAUAUAACCUUUUCUGUUUUGAUCUAUAUCAGGUGAGCAGUUAAAAUAACAAGAUCAAACAAAUCCAUGGGCAUUCUCACAGUUUUUUUUUUUAAAAAAAACAUGUUUAUAAAACAAAUGUGUGUGCUUGAGGGGAGGGAGGGAGAGAGGGAAGGAAGGAAGGAAGGAAGGAAGGAAGGAAGGAAGGAAGGAAGGAAGGAAGGAAGAUGUAAAUCUUAUUGAAUGUAUAUUCUGUUUCUUAACUAUUCAAUUGCAGUCAUAUGCCAUUCUUAAUAUAUCUUGCUGGUAUUCUCAAUACUGUAUAAUAUAGAUGCGAUUGUUUUUCUAUAUAGCACUCUUUUCUUGAGGCCUUUUUCUCUCCAUCACCAAAUAAUAUUGUACUCCUUCUCAUAGAAGAAGCAACUUUGUGAAUUUUCGCUUCACAUUUUACAUCUAAAUGUGUUUUUGAAUGUAUUAUUUCAGUGCUUUUCUUUGAAGAGUAGAUGGGAUAAGUAAAGAUAAGUCUUAAUACUUAUCAGAGUUAGGGUUUGUUUUUAAAAUAGCAACGUUGGCACCUAUUUUUAAGAAGUGACUAAACACUUUAGGACCUGUAUCUCCAUUGCCUUUUCCUAGUAUUAACAUAGAGAAUCUGAUGUUGACAUCAUAUUGGAACUAACUUUGAGCCUCUUAAUAGAUUUACCUUUAGUUGCUUUUGGUAUGUUUUAAGGGACCACUACAUAGCUUAUAAUUACUUUCAAAAAUUCACAUAUGGGAAAAAUUGAAAUACAUUAUACAAAGUGAAAGGAAUAAUUUUUAGAACUAAAACACAGAGGUAAGAAUUAGAAGUAAUCCUUGCAACACUAACUGGGACUGGGCUUUCCAUUGGUCAGCAAAGCAGUCAUUAAGCAAAAGAUGACAUGGCUCCACCACUUCGUGACUGCAGUUCUGGUAGUCUUACUUGCAUGUGUUAGACAAGGACUUCACACUCCUACUGCCCUGCCACGCUCCUCUCUGCUUCAACUCUCCUCACCCACCUCUCUGGGCUCUUUUGGCUGUCUUGCACUCCACCACUGCCGCCUAUCCCUCAUCGCCCAUGACCUCCACCAUCUUCUUUCUCCCCCUGCUGACGACACCCUGCAGUCAUAAAUGUAGGUGGCUGCCAAAUGUCUGAAUUUUGAUCACAUGAUUGCAUGGGUGCUGUAGCUUUGUGCUAUAAUUAUGAUUCAUUCAGUAACUGUAAUUUUGAAUGGUCAUUAUGUGAGGACUACUUUAGUUAUAUAAGUAACAUACAAAAUAUGUUAAAAAAACAACCCAAUCCUUAAUGUAUUUGCUUUGCUUCAAUUUCUUCCAAGCUUUGAACAUGAGCAAAGUUGAUUUAACAGAAAAAUAUUUAUGUGACUAUGUAGGUGGACUGGCAGAUGAGCAUUGUGUUUUAGGGAAGGUGUGGUGAAUGGAACAAAGUUGUGAAUCAAAGCCAGGUGUUACAAGUUAUUGUAGAUUUCCAGCUGGGGGAGGGGUGAUUCCCUUGGAAGAGAUUGGGAAAGGCAUAUUGUAUAUUACCGCCUUUUUCUUCGGGCACCUGCACUUUACUAGCAUAUGACUGGGAAUAAGUCCUAUUAAGUUUAAUAAGUGUGAUAUAGGAUCACAGCAUAAAUUCACUGUUUUUAGAAAGAACAUUUUUAGCAAUACGUUCUUCAAAACACACUAUCAGAAUGAGCCCCACACUCCUGAUUUUUCCAGAUAGAAUUUGUUAUCAGGUCUUUUGACUAUAAGAUAUUCAUACAAUUUUAUCACUUGAUAAAAUUCAAUUACUAAGUUGCAACUGAACAUAUUAACUGCCUUCCUUAAACAUUCUACUUGAGAUAUGAGAUCACAUGAAAUGCCCGUGAGAGCUUACAUGUUAGAAAUUAACAGAAUAAUCCAUGUUCAUAUUUCUCCUUAAAUGAAUAUAAAUAUAAAGUAUAUGAUGCAUAGACACACAAUCUAUUAUUUGCACUAGUAGGAUAUUUCAGAAGACAAUAUUAAUGAGUAAAAUUAAAUGAAACAUAUCUUAUUGCUAAUCUUAUUGCUAAAAUAAACAUAGGAAGCAAAAGAAAGACUGAAGUGAAAGGUGUUUAACCAUAUCCAAUAAAGCUUAAUUCAUAAAGUUGUUAAGCAUUCCACCAAACUAUUUUGAAAUAACUGUUUGAUCCUUUCUUUUGCACAAAACCUAUUCGAUUUACCUGCAUGAAAUUUGGAAAAAGCAUUUCUCAUUGUAAAAGCUAUCUAUUUUGAAAUGUAAUAUUGUGUCCCAAAAUAAUCAGUUUUCCCCUGUAGUAGUGUUCAAUCACAUUUAGCACAUUGUAAAAUGAUAGAUUGCUUUUGAAUUCAUCCUAUUCUGCCAAACAACCAUAAAGCAACGGUUAUAUUUUUCUUAUGCUGGGGAGAUUAAACUCUGAAAUUCACUUGGGAUCAAGAUCCCAAUUGGUACUGUAUCUAACCAAAAAGAAGACAAGGUUAGGAGUUUGACAAGACAUAAAUAUAUAUUGAUUGAAGUAAUAACUACUAAUGAAAACUCAUUGCCUGUAAAAAUUAGGUCCCUCAUUCACAAUAUUAAUUCAUCUCCAUUUUCAUAUACCAACAUUUGCUGACCACAUACAGAGUCAUUCAACUACACAGAUGUAUUUCCCCCUUUUUUCCAGCAGAAGCCAGUAAUUGAACAAGAUGGAUAUAGAAUAAGAUGAAGGGAUGCCUGCAGUAAAAAUGGAAAGAAAGAGAAGGGGUGGGAGCCAAUUGGUUAGAGAUUCGGUGGUGGGAGGAGUUACUGGACAAAGGAGGAAAGAAAAGAAAAUACAAGUUAGUUAUAAUUAAAAUGUUUAAAUUCAAGCUGAUUUUCAUAAAGAAAGCCAGUUGGUAUAAUGGUUAAUGCACCAGGCUAGAAAUCAGGAGACUAUAAGUUCUAGUCUCACCUUAAGUACAAAGCUAGCUGAGUGACCUUGGGC